UAGAAAGCAAAACGUAGGUCCAGAAAUUUCACACUCAAAUCAAAACCUUCAAGAUUUCUCUUCAAACUUCCCCAACUUUCUUUUCACAUAUCUAUAAAUAUGCUUCUACCCUUGUUGAUUCAGAACCAUCUAAACUUAACUACACCAGAUUGAGUGUGUUUUGUAUCAUUGAUAAAUUAAUUAAUGGCUUCAACACUGUCUAUUUCUGCCUCACCUUUCCUCUCAACCAACCCCAAAAUUUUAACAAGAAAUAACUCAGCGCCGUGCCGGGUUGCUUUACCGUCGAGGAGGCCGUCUCGGUUGCCUAUUGUUAGGGCUGAGGCCGCUGGGGACGGCAAGGAUAGUGCUGUGGACGUGCAUGUUAAUCAAGGAAACCAAGGGACGUCUUCUGUGGAGAGGCGGCCCCGUAGACUGGCCGUAGAUAUUUCACCUUUUGGUUUGCUGGAUCCUUUAUCUCCAAUGAGGACAAUGCGUCAAAUGUUGGAUACAAUGGACCGUCUAUUCGAGGACGCCAUGACACUCCCCGGCAGCAGGAACCGGACUGGAGGGGAGGUGAGAGCGCCUUGGGACAUUAAGGACGAGGAAGACGAGAUCAAGAUGCGGUUCGACAUGCCAGGACUCUCGAAGGAAGAUGUGAAAAUCUCCGUGGAGGAUGAUGUGCUUUUGAUAAAAGGAGAGCGCAAGACAGAGGAAGGCGGCGAUGGAGAGGAUUCGUGGUUGAGCAGAAGCGUUAGUAGUUACGAUACUCGUCUUCAACUUCCUGAUAAUUGUGAGAAAGAUAAGAUCAAGGCGGAGCUGAAGAAUGGUGUUCUCUAUAUAAACAUUCCUAAGACGAAAGUAGAACGCAAGGUCAUUGAUGUUCAAAUUCAAUAAAUAAUUAAUCAGCUUUUGGUGUUUUCUCUGGAU